UGUUCCUAAAUAAUAUUGGAAUUAUGGCAAAGAAUACUCUCUCUCCUUUCUUCUUUGGUUUGCUUUUCCUAGUCUUGAUUCCUUUCAUCUCUCGACAAGGAGGAGGUGUGAGCAGUCAAUCGACUAAAAACUACUGCAAUCCUGGAACUGGUAGUCCUUUCGGAUAUAGGGUUCAACAGAAUACUUGUUUUGGUUGUAAUAGUUAUUGUCAAUCACUUGCCCUUCCUGUAGGAUCCCCUCGGAAUUCGGGUGUUCAAUCGGGGACGUGCUUUCAGGUUGCCGCUCCUGGACCUGUUUCCCAAUAUGUUUGCUUGUGUUGUGUUGCUUGAAGCAAAAUCUUAUGAAUCUCCUCAAUGAAUUGUGUUUUCAUUGCACCACCACGGCACUACCAAUACUAUACACAAAUUGUAUACGCAAUCUUCUAUCUCUCUCUUAAAAAUGUAACCACGGAAUAAGCAAUGAACAAAUGAGAAAACACUGAAUCUCUUAUCA